GAAAGACUACGAUGCCAACCGGCUAGUGGCGGGGCAGCUGCAGCUCGCCUCGGGGACGGUGCUGCUGAUCGACGAGACGGGGAUGGGCGAGGGCCAGCUGACGGCCGACGGCUUCAGGAACGCCAACGCUGUCAGCACCCUCGUCACCGAGCGAAGCCUCGUCUGCGACUUUAUGUGCGAGGUCAAGCUCCCGCUGGAGCUGCUCUGCGUGGCGGUGUCCCGGCACAGGUCCCUCGUCAAGGAGAUGGACGUGGUGCUGCCCCUGCAGCCCUCCCCGCAG